AUGCUUUUGAUAGAAAAAAGUGUAUGUGUUGUCGUUCAGUCCACUCUUUAUUCAUUCCAUACUGUCGGGGGGAUUUGUUCAAAUGUAGCCAAAACCCGUGCAUAUUCUAUUAAUAAGGUUUACGAUGUGGGGCAGCCAACUGCUGUUACUCACCCUGAGUUACUAAAUGAAGGGUAUAUCACACCUGGCAUAACUAGUGAGGAAUAUAUUUCAAGAAGGCAGAGAUUAUUGGAGCUUCUUCCAGAGAAGAGUUUAGCUAUAAUUGCAGCUGCCCAAGUAAAGAUGAUGACCGAUGUCGUGCCUUACACUUUUAGACAAGAUGCUGAUUACUUGUACAUCACUGGCUGCCAACAACCAGGUGGCAUAGCAGUUUUAGGUCACGACUGUGGUUUAUGUAUGUUUAUGCCUGAGGCAAGCUCUCAGGGAUGUCCUGCAUAUAUUUUACAUGAAUAUGGGAUGGGUGCCAUGCAUAUAGAGGAUGUCAUUUGGCAAGGUCAAACGGCUGGAGUCGGUGCAGCUUUAGACACAUUCAAGGCUGAUCAAUCAUUUCCCAUUGAUAAAUUACAUCAGAUCCUUCCGAAAAUGCUAGGAAAUUCGUCAAAAUUAUUUCAUAAUGUGAAGACAGCCAUACCGACUUACAUGGAUUUGGAGGCUUUUCAGAAACUGGCUUACAAUGGAAAAGUGAAAGAUCUCUCUCCUCACAUACAUGAAGCACGAUGGAUAAAGUCAGCAUCUGAGCUUAAAUUAAUGAGAGAUUCUGCGUCAAUAGCCUGCCAG